CGUAUAAUAGAGCCAUGAGGCGGCGUUAGUCAUUUGUCCCUCUUAGUGUGGUCGCUGUUAUAGCUGGUUACCUACUGCCGCCACCAUGCAGAACGACGCUGGAGAAUACGUGGACCUGUAUGUGCCGCGGAAGUGUUCGGCAUCGAACCGUAUUAUCUAUGCCAAGGAUCAUGCCUCUAUCCAGAUAAACUUGGCUGAGGUUGAUGAGACCACUGGCCGUAUGACAGGGCAGUACAAGACCUAUGCCAUUUGUGGUGAUAUUAGAAAAAUGGGCGAAUCUGAUGAUUGCUUAGCACGUCUAGCAAAGAAGGAUGGUGUUCUUCCAAAGAACUAUUAAAGAAAUAAAAUAGAAAUACGUA